CCAAUUCAAAAAAAAAAAAAGACAAAAGAAAAUCAUAUUCAUAGAGAGUCUCACCAAUUCUCGAUAUUGUAAUACCCUGUUAAAACCCUUCAACCGUUGAUCCUCUAAUUCAAAAAAACAAAAACAAAAACAAAAAAACAAAAAAAAUCAUGGCAACCAACAUCACUUGGCACGACGGCCUGACGCGCCGUGAGCGCAACCAGCUGCGGGGCCAGCGCGGCUUCACAAUCUGGUUCACGGGGCUGUCGGCGUCUGGCAAGUCGACGGUGGCGACGGCGCUGGAGCAGCACCUUUUGCACCUGGGCCUGGCCGCGUACCGGCUGGACGGCGACAACGUCCGGUUCGGGCUCAACAAGGACCUGGGCUUCUCGGAAAAGGACCGCAACGAAAACAUCCGCCGGAUCGCCGAGGUGGCCAAGCUGUUUGCCGACAGCUCCGUCGUGGCCCUAACGUCCUUCAUCUCGCCGUACCGCGCCGACAGGCAGACUGCCAGGGAGCUGCACGUUCAGGCAGCGCAAAAGGGAGACGAGCCGCUCGAGUUCGUCGAGGUCUACGUCGACAUCCCCAUCGAGGUCGCCGAGCAGCGCGACCCCAAGGGUUUGUACAAGAAGGCCCGCGCCGGGGAGAUCAAGGAGUUCACCGGCAUCUCGGCCCCGUACGAGGCACCCGAGAACCCUGAGAUCAUCAUAAAGACCCAUGAGAACUCGGUCGAGGAGUGUGUGGCUCAGAUUGUCAAGUGGCUGCAGGAGAAGGGUCUAAUCAAGGCUACCCCUUGAGUUUGGUCCGCCAGAAAAAGAGAAAAAAAAAAAAAAAAAAACGGCUUGCCCGAUGAAAUGUAUCCAAGUUAGAGAUGCAAACCUCAUAGCCUAGCCUGAU